ACUCGUGCUGCUCAAACAGUGAACAUGAACGAGAACAACAAACACUAACAAACUAACUAAACAUGUUUUCAUCAGUCAUACAUGCCUAAAUAUUACGUUUAUUAAUUUGCAGCGUUAGUUUUGAGUGUUUUUUUUGUUGUUGUUGUUUGAACAGGUUCAUUUAAGACCAUUAACUCAGUUAAUUAUUCCCUUCUUAAAGAUGGAGUUUAUUAAAGAGGAAACUGAAGAAAAUAAGAUUAAAGAGGAGAGUGAAGACAUGAAGAUUGAAGAAACAUUCAGUGUGAAACAUGAAGAUACUGAGGAACAAACAGACCUAACGGUACUGAAAGAGGUGAGUCAUGAAAUUAAUGAAAUGGAAGAAGAGAAAAAACAUUAUGAAAAACCUGAUUUCAUGACUGGGAAAAGAUCGAUACAGGCUAAAAGGACCUCCUUACAAAAAAGAGCUCAAAAGACUGGAAAUAAAAGUUAUUUCAUUUGCCAACAGUGUGGACAGAGUUUUGAUCAACACAGAAACCUUCAAGUUCACUUGAAAGUUCAUGCUAGAGAGAGCCCCUUCACUUGCCAACAGUGUGGAAAGAGUUUCACACUUAAAGAAAACCUUCUAGUCCACUUGAGAAUUCAUAAUGGAGAAAAGCCUUUCACAUGCCAACAGUGUGGAAAGAGUUUCGCUGUGAAAGUAAACCUUCAAGUACACAUGAGAAUUCACACUGGAGAGAAACCUUUUACCUGCCAGCAAUGUGGACAGAGAUUCACUGUAAAAGGAAACCUUAUAGCCCACAUGAGAAUUCACACUGGAGAAAAGCCAUACACCUGCCAACAAUGUGGACAGUGUUUCAGUCAAAAGGGAAGCCUUACAGACCACAUGAGAAUUCAUACUGGAGAAAAGCCUUACACCUGCCAACAAUGUGGACAGAGUUUCAGUCAAAAGGGAAGCCUUACAGCCCACAUGAGAAUUCACACUGGAGAAAAGCCAUACACCUGCCAACAAUGUGGACAGAGUUUCAGUCAAAAGGGAAGCCUUACAGCCCACGUGAGAAUUCACACUGGAGAAAAGCCAUACACCUGCCAACAAUGUGGACAGAGUUUCAGUCAAAAGGGAAACCUUACAGACCACGUGAGAAUUCACACUGGAGAAAAGCCUUACACCUGCCAACAAUGUGAACAGUGUUUCAGUCAAAAGGGAAGCCUUAUAGUCCACAUGAGAAUUCACACUGGAGAAAAACCUUUCACCUGCCAGCAAUGUGGACAGAGUUUCAGAUUUAAAGGUAACCUUAAGGGACACAUGAGAAUUCACACUGGAGAAAAGCCUUAGAUCUGCCAACAGUGUGGACAGAGUUUCAGUGUAAAAGGAAAUCUUACAGCCCACAUGAGUGUUCACAUUGGAGAGAGCUCAUUCACCUGUAAACAGUGUGGAAAGAGUUUCAGGCAAAAAGGAAAACUUAUAAUCCACAUGCGAGUUCACAUUGGAGAAAAACCUUAAACCUGCCAAGAGUGUGUGAAGAAUUUCAAUGAGACAGGAAACCUUAUAGUCCACAUGAGAAUUCAUACUGGAAAGAAACCUUUCACCUGCCAGCAAUGUGGAAAGAGUUUCAGAUUUAAAGGUAACCUUAAGGGCUACAUGAGCACUCACACUGGAGAAAAGCCCUGCAGGUGCACUGUGUGGGAAUGGCUUCACACAAGAACAAAGCCUUAGGGAACACAAAUAUUCACACUGGAGAGAAGCCAUCAGUGUAGAAAGAGUUUCAGACAUAAAUUUACCCUUUAUUCCCACAUGAAAAUUCACACGGGAGAGAAGCCUUUUACAUGUGGUCAGGCCACAUGAAGAUUCACUCGAAAGAGAACUCUUUUAGAAGUCAUCACUGUGGAAAAAGCAGAGGUGUAAAGAGUACCUGAAAACCAUACUUGAGUAAAAGUACAGAUACCUUGCAGCGAAAAUGACUCUUUUACAAGUUUCAAGUCACCAAUUCUACUACAACUUAAGUAAAGGUCUUAGUGUCUGAUUUUAAUAAGUACUUAAAGGGUCAUGAAACCCCAGAACACAUUUUUUUGAGCUGUGAACAGAUAUACAUAGGCUGCACAUCACUGAAAACACUAAAGGUACUCAUUAA